AUGGCAAACCGACGCCCGCUUUUCAAGAAGCCGCCCAAGGGUGCCAAACAAUCGUAUCUGAGCAAAGAUAUGAAAAAGAAGCAGAAAAAGGAACGAGCUAGCCGGCCACCACCGACCAAGUACCAGCGAAGCAUUAAACACAUCGAACGAGGCCAGGAAGCGAUCCAGGCGCAGAAGCGACAAAUAGAGGCGGAAAGAAAGUAUCGUCAGGAGACAAACACUUGCACCGGUUUGGAAUCGUUUGCAUCCAGCGACUCAGAUACGGACGAGGGCGUGGAUGGUGCCACGUUCGAAGAUCUAGCGGUGGAAUUUAACGAUCAAAUUGGUCAAAUGGUAGAUAGUGCGGAGGAUAGUACGGAUGAAGAGGAGGAAUCCGACGAUGAGGUUACGGAUGGGAAAGAAAUGGCAGUCGAAGCAUCUGAGUGGGGAGAGGAGUUGGAAUGUGACAAUGGGGAGGUAUUGAAUUCGGAAUAUGAGGCAGCAAAAGAGUCACAUGAUGAGGAGAGCGAAGAGUCACACGAUGAGGAAAGUAUAGAGUCACAGGAUGAGGAGAGCGAAGAGUCACAGCACAGCGAAGAUGAAGAAAUACAAUCGGACGACAGCAAUCUAUCCUCCGAUGAUGAUGAUACAACGACGAACGAUCCGUACAUGUUGCACACGGCCUACAACUUAAGCCCUGCGAUGCUGGAAGCGCUUGCUGCGGAACCACCACGCGUCGAAACGUCCACCAUGGCAUUCAGCAGCUUGGGCAACGUGUACGUCGAACUACCGAAAGCUCGCCCAGUAAGUAAACGGUCGGAACCGAAGGGAAUAGUUGUUAAGGAACGUUACGCCAAACCUGGCACACUGCCCACCGUACCGGAUGCAACCGAUUACGAUUUGAAUGAGCUGUACGUGAAGGAUCGAAUCGUACGCAACAUGACGGAACAGAUGGAUGCGUUACAGCGCGAUAUGUUUGCGAUACUGAACGGAUAUCAUGAUUUGCACUAUCCGCAGAGAAGCUUUGAGAAUGCGAACCGGUUACGUGAAGUUUACUGUUUGCAUGCAUUAAACCACGUGCUAAAGGCGGUCAGCAAGAUUCAGCAUCACACGAUCAAGCUGACGGCAGAUAAGACAGCAGGCAAGAAGAAACCCGUCGAAGAUCAGUUCCGUCGGCGGAUGAAGGUGAAGAAACAGAAGGUUGGCGAAGAAUCAACGGUUGGAUUAGAGUUUCGGGACCAAGGAUUCGUCCGUCCAAAGGUUCUGAUUAUCGUGCCGUUCCGCGAGUCGGCACUCCAGUGUGUUAGUGUGCUGAAGCGCCUGUUUGCCGGAGAGCAAGAGAAGAGCGUUCUAAAUUGGAAGCGCUUUACGGAGGAGUACGGUGGCGGAUCGUCGUUACAUUUUCCUCGCAAGAAUCCAAAACCCGCCGACUACGAGCGUACGUUCGCCGGUAAUAUUGACGACAAUUUCCGGCUCGGGAUAGCGUUCAACCGGUCGACGAUGAAACUGUAUGCAAAAUAUUACUCUUCCGAUGUGAUUAUCGCUUCACCGCUCGGGCUCCGGAUGGCGAUUGGUGCGAAAGGUGAGAAACAUCGGGAUUACGACUUCCUCGCCAGCAUCGAACUGCUCAUCAUCGACCAGGCGGAGAUAUGCUACGCACAGAACUGGGACCACGUACUGCACGUGUUGGAACAUCUGCACCAUCAGCCGAAAAGCACUGAGUACACAGAAUUUUCUCGCGUGCGAGAAUGGUGUCUAAACGGAUGGUCCAAAUUCUACCGUCAGACGGUGCUGCUGUCCGCGUUUGAACUUCCCGAGUUCCGCUGGCUGUACAACAAACACUUUCACAACUAUCGCGGUAAAGUGCGAUCCUGCAAACGCACACUAACCGGCACAAUCAAGCAUGUGGCCGUGCGUGUGCCACAAAACUUUCAGCGUGUUGAAACGACCACACUUGCCGGUGUCGGCACGGCACGUUUUUCACAUUUUUUAAACGUUGUCCUGCCCCAGGCAAGAACCGUUUCGAUGGCCCGCUGUCUCAUCUACGUUCCGAGCUAUUUCGACUUCGUGCGGCUAAGAAACUACUUCAAGAAGGAGGAACUCAGCUUCACCCAGAUCUGCGAGUACACGACGGAUGCGAAGAUUGCACGCGCCCGGGACAUGUUCUUCCACGGCAGCAAACACUUUCUGCUGUACUCGGAGCGGGCACAUUUCUUCCGCCGGCACCGCAUACGAGGCAUCCGGCAUCUGAUUCUCUAUGCACCGCCAGUCUUUCCACACUUUUACCCGGAGCUGGUGAAUCUGAUGAUGAAGGAGAAUCAAAACCCGCACGACGGUGUGGACGACGAUUCGAUGACGGUGACGGUGCUGUACACCGGCUACGAUACGUACCAGUUGGCGGAGAUGGUUGGUGCACCAAGGGCAAAAACGAUGAUAAAAGCACCACGCUCGGUACACCGCUUCACAACCGAUCAAAAGUGA